AUGACACGUGUAAAGCCAGGCCAACGCCGAAGAGCAAGAGCACCCAAAGUCCGGACGGGCUGCCAAACAUUUCGGAGGCUCAAGUGCGACGAGACCCGCCCGUCCUGCGUUAGAUGCACCUCAUCCGGCUACUCCUGCGACGGCUACCGGGUCACUACCAAAUCAUCGUCCAACCCAUCACCGGCCCCGCAACUGAGAUGGAUGAUGAUACACUUUUUCACCGAACAAACAAUACAGCAGCUUUUAAUGUUCUUCCCUGAUGAGUUUUGGAGUACAAGGGUCCUGCAGUUGGCUUACUCAGAACCCUGCAUUUGGCACGCACUUGUCGCUCUAUCCACAUACCACGAGAGAUACAUAGAUCGCAGUCCCGGCGGUGACGCUUCGUUUGCUUUGCGUCAUUACAAUCUUGCCAUCAAUAGCCUCUCCGGUGUCCGGCACGACCUGUCAUUGAUACACCUGGUAUCAUGUGUUAUAUUUAUAUGUGUUGAGAUUCUCCGAGGGCAUAUGAGAUCCGCCAUAAAACUUUACACAUCUGGUUGUAGAAUGAUGAGAGAAAUACGGCCGACCAUAUCUGCCGGCAAUCAUCUCUUCCACCUUAUCGUGGCUUUCUUUAAUCGCCUCACACUUCAAAUAUCAUGGAUUUUUGGGAACUCGAUAGAUGGGUUACUGGAGAUGAGUUACGCCGUACCUGAAUGUCAAAGGUCAAGCCCGCCCGAAUUUACGUUCCAACAACUUUCAGAAGCUAGAGAAGCAAUCCAUGAUAUUGCAUUGCAGUGGAUACUCGACAGACCCUCAGACCAAGAAGCGCUAUGUGCCCUAGUCAACUGCUUUGGAGAAUGGUGCCGCGCAUUUGAUGCAUUUCAACGAAAAAACAGCCAGUUACUUGCAAGUGCUGCGAACAGGAGGGCCCUCACAUUGCUCGAGCUGCAGAAAAGGUACCUAGCUACUCACUUGUGUACUGUUGACUCCAGAGGAAAUGACGAUGAAAGCGUGUGGGAUGAAUACUCCAAUCAAUUCAACGAGAUGCUCGAUUUUGCCGAGGCAUUAAUGCAAAUUUAUGACUCGGAGGCAACAUCCAACAAGCGCCCCCGUUUUCACAUGGAUACUGGCGUUAUACCUAUCCUAUUCGCCAUUAUUACCAGAUGUCGUGACCCUUUCAUCAGGAGAAGAGCUAUAGAGCUAAUGACCUGGAAUCCAAUGCAGGAAGGUCUAUGGAACAGCGCUUUGGUGGCCAAGGCCGCACAGAGACUCAUGAGUUUAGAAGAAGGCGCUGUUAUCGUUGGAUGCUCAAAUGAUAUACCAGCUGCGGCGAGAGUUCAGGGCAUAUCUGUUUAUGCUGGUGAUGAGCGGCAUGUUGUGUUGAGGUUUUCGCAACCAUUGGGCUCCUGGCAGGAGUUAAUGAACUAUUAG